UCUGUCCCUCUGGGUGGGGCUGCGGAGGCGGGGCUGCUGGCCUCCUUAUCUCCAGAGCCAGCCUUGGCUCCCGGGCGCUCUGGCCCCUCAGUCUGGGCCCUUUGCCAUGGGGUCUCUGCUCCCCCUCUUGCUGCUGCUUUUGCUGGCGGCCGCCUACCCGGGAGGCGGAAGGGCGCACCGGACCUGGAGAGCGCGGGUGCAGGGCCCGGGAGGAAGCUCCCCGGCGCCCUCAGAGACUCCAGCUGCGUUCUGGGUGCGCCUAAGGCCGGAGUUCAAGGAGGUGCAGCCGGGGGGCUCCGUGUGGCUCAACUGCAGCACUAGUUGCCCCCUGCCGGAGUACUCCAGCCUCAGCACUCAGCUGCCGCGGGGCCAAACGCACAGUGGGCCCGGCUGGGUAGCCUACCAGCUGUUGGACGUGAGAGCCUGGAGCUCCGAGGUGCGCUGCUUCGUCACCUGCGCAGGAGAAACACGGUGGGCCACGGCCAAGAUCACCGCCUACAAGCGGCCGCGAAGCGUGAUCCUGGAGCCUCCGCUCUUGGUGGGCAAUGAGUACACUCUGCGCUGCCACGUGACGCACGUGUUCCCCGUGGGCUUCCUGGUGGUGACUCUGAGGCGCGGCGGCCGGGUCAUCUACUCGGAGAACCUGAGGCGCUACAACGGCUCUGAUCUGGCCAACGUGACGCUGACUUACACGGCGCCCGCCAGGCUCCGCGACUUCUGGAAACCGGUGACCUGCCACGCACGCCUCAGUCUUGAUGGCCUGGUGGUCCGCAGCAGCUCGGCACCCAUAACGCUGAGUGGCCUCGCUUGGCGUCCCGCGUCCAAAGCCUUGGCCUCCAGCUCCAUCGCGGCUCUUGUGGGGAUCCUUCUCGUCGUGGGGGCCGUCUACCUGCGACAAUGGCCAUUGGUGCACAACCAGAGUAAAGAGAGCAGGGUCUCUGCCGGCUGAGCCGGAGGAAAAAGGCAUCUGGGACAAUUUGGGGAACGCUGGUUCAAUAAAGUCCUCCUCCGUCACCCUCUGUCUCGCGGCCUAAAGGUCCCCCAAUAGGGUACCACCUCCGAGGAAGUGGCGUUCUGGUUUGCCCUUGCCUCCGUCACUUUCUCCAAGUUCCUUGUCUCUCUGAGGGCCCCUGAGGUUUCCUCAUUCCCGUCCAGCUGGGGACCCGGGCGCACCAGCCCCUCCACUCCCAGACGAGUUUGGUAAUAUACCUCCCUUGCGGGCAUUAUAAGUGCGGUGCAAAUGGGCAUAGCUUGGGCACUGGAGGGCUUGGGCUGUGGGAGGGUUGGCU